AUGGCGCGAACAUCGUUUUUUACUAUUGCGGCGUUGUAUGCAUUCGUAUACGCUGUCCUCGUAUCCUCCGCACCGGUGCAAUACUGCCCAAUUUCGGAUGUAUGCUACCAAGUCGCAGUACCAGAGGUUUCCGCCGCCAAGGAUGGGGGCAAUAUAUACCUGCAGCUACGAGCGCCGAUAUCAUACUCGUGGGUAGCCUUCGGUACAGGAGAUGCCAUGAGGGAUUCGAGCAUCUUCGUGAUGUAUCAAGACGGUAACGGUAACGUGACGAUAUCAGCACGCACUGGAACUGGACAUACCAUGCCACGGUACAACUCAAUUGUACAGUUAGAACUUCUUGAUGGAAGUGGCCUCUUGAAUAGCGAGCAGACGAUGGUCGCCAACGUCAGAUGCGGUAACUGCGGCACAUGGCCGGGGGGCUUUAUGAGUCUAGACGACAACGCGGCGCCGUGGAUUGCGGCAUGGAAGACAGGCGACGCCAUCAACAGCGCGGACCCGGACGCCCAGAUUCAGUACCACGACGCGCACGACACGUGGGCGUUCGACCUGACGACAGCUACCGUGACCGACGAUGCGAAUCCGUUCGUGGACGCACAACAAUUCGACAAUAACAACCGUGGGGUGGGCAGCGGCAGCUUCGCCGACCCACGCAUCUUGAUCCUAAGCCACGGCAUCAUCAUGGCCGUCGUCAUGAUCGUCCUGUACCCGUUGGGUUCGGCGCUCAUGCCCGUGUUCGGCAAGUGGGCAAUUCACGCCGCGUGGCAGCUCUUUGCCUUCCUGAUAAUGUGGGCUGGCUUCGGGCUAGGUAUCGUCGCCUUGCAGCGCAUUCAACUUGACUACAAUUCUACACAUACGAUCCUCGGCACGGUCGUGGUCGGCCUAUUAGGGUUCCAACCGAUGCUGGGCUGGUUCCAUCAUAAGUACUUUAUGAAAAACCAGACCCGAGGUCUCGUAUCGCACGCUCAUAUCUGGUACGGCCGCGCGCUGAUAAUCGCGGGCAUAGUAAACGGCGGGCUUGGUUUGGAGCUUGCAGGUGCCUCUAGAACCUUCAUGGUGGUGUACACUGUCUUCGCUGUCCUGAUAUUCAUCUUAUACGUUGGUGCUGCUUUGUUUGGCGAGUGGCGCCGCCGCCGACACGGAGGUUAUGAGCAGAAGAAUUCCUGA